AUGUGGUCGUGGAUGGGUCCUUCAGCUGUACUGACGGGAGAGGAGCCUGGGCAGUGGUGGCUAAGGAUGCACGGGGAAGAACUUUUAGAGAGCAAUCAAGGAGAUGUUGGGCAUUGGACCCGUUACAGUGAAGCUUUGUUGAGCUCUGCAGAAAUGAGCUUUAGUGUUUGUGCCGUGAGGUUUUCCAGCUCAAGUACUGACAUUCUCGCAACUGCUCUUGAUCCUUCCAGUCCAUUCAGUAGACACAACAAAUGCCAGUUUGUGGAUAAGCGGAGAACUUACUUGCAAAAAGGUCAAAAGAGAUUAAACGUCUGUGCUUAUUAUGGUCUUAGAAGCCCACCUUACAAGCUUGAUGCUCUUGAACCACAUAUGAGCCGACGGACAAUUGAAACGCAUUGGGGAUAUCAUCAUCGUAACUAUGUGGAUUCUUUGAACAAGCAGCUUGAGAAGGACGAUAAAUUAUAUGGUUGUACAUUGGAUGAACUUAUUAAAGUUACUUACAAUAAUGGAAACCCAUUACCCGAAUUCAACAAUGCUGCCCAGGUCUGGAACCAUGAUUUCUUCUGGGAAUCCAUGCAACCAGGUGGAGGUAAAUUCCCGAUAAUGGGUCUACUUCAGCAGAUUGAAAAGGAUUUUGGUUCAUUUACCAAUUUCAGAGAAAAGUUCAUCGAUGCAGCCAUCAAAUUAUUUGGCUCUGGUUGGGUUUGGCUAGUUGUGAAAAGAGAAGAAAAACGUUUGGCAAUUGUCAAGACGGCCAAUGCAGUCAACCCUCUCGUGUGGAAUGACAUUCCCCUCCUCAAUUUAGACGUAUGGGAGCAUGCUUAUUAUCUGGACUACAAGAAUGACAGAGCCAAGUAUGUAAAUGUAUUCAUGGAUCACCUGGUUUCCUGGGAUGCAGUAAUGGCACGCAUGGCUCGAGCUCAAGCUUUUGUUAAUCUAGGCGAGCCCAAAAUUCCUGUUGCAUAG